CAAUCACCUGCGUUGUCAUGGCGGGUGAAUGUUCUAAACAUCGCUUGAAGUUUGUCGGUUUUCGUCUGUUCUGAGAUAAAAAUCACGUCGUUUCUUUAUCUUGAUUUAUAGAAGAAAAAAUUUCAUCCCAAAAUUUUCUUCGCGAAAAACAAUAUUUGGGUCGAAAUUUAAACGAAAGAAGAUUGGAGAAGGGUAAUACGAUGGAGUCUCCCCAAAGCGGUAGUCAGGUUUCAAUGUCGGAGACUGCUUCAGUUGCAGGGACAGUUAGCUCUGAGAGUUCUGUGGGUAGGACACCUAGUGUGUCUGCGACACCAGAGAGUAUUCCCGCUUCUACACCAGCUCCUGUUCCUCAACCAAAAUCCCAGCCGCCUAAACGACGUGGCAAAGGUAGAUACCGUACUUACAAGUUUGUUUGAUCUGAGCUACUUUUGUUUAGAAUAAGCUUUUGAAAUUUUAAUAUUUUUUCUUAUUUCCACUUUCAAGAAGAUUCAUUUGCAUUCUUCUUUAACAUAAGUUCGUUGUCUUACACAGAAACCAUUUGGUUUUAUCAGGUUGAUCUGAUUUCAACGGUUGUCAUGCAUCAGAUGACCACUAAAUGGCAAAAUUCUCAUAUUUUACAGUCAUAAGCUUAAUCUUAAUAAGGGAGUACAUAAGAUUCAGGUCAUUCAUCCCAUGUUAACAUUUUGAAUUUCGAGAAGUACCUUGAAGUUCUGCAUAGUCCACAUCAGCAUUUGGUGGUUUCAUUGUAUAGUUUUGAUGGGUGAUGUCCAGUUAACAACAAAUCUUAGCCAUUUACACCCUAACAUCAAUAUGCAUAUUCUCCUUACUGGCUAUGCAUAUGUUCUAUACAUCUCACCCACUUUGGCUUCCCCAUCUCCAUGUAUACUUGCUUGAAAUUUUUCAUGGUUUACAUGCCUUAUUAUAUCCAUUUUGAGAUCACUUGUGAUCCUUGUCAUCUGAUUGGCUCUCACCCGAGGGUUUUAUUCGCAAAUUGCAGCAUUUUAUGCUCUAAAUGGCAUCUUUUUCCCAGCCAAUGAGACAGCUUUACUAAAAAAAAACAACUGAUCAAAUUUUAAGGCUUUUUUAAAGAAAUCAAUCAAAUUGCAGGAAAAUGAGAGACAACUUUGUAACUUUUUACAAACCAGCUCAGUAUACUGGAUCAAUAAAAUACAAGUACAGACUUAAAAACUUGUAACAAACCUUAACACCCUAGCAUCAAUAUGCACAUUCUCUAUACAUUUCCAAAGGUGCUGACAAGGACAAAUUGUUUAAAAAUCAAGAGCUUCUUUAGUUGGUGAUAAUUUCUUUUAUUCUCAUGACCUAAAUGUUUCAUUUAGGGAUGAUUUUCCAGGGAGAAAUUAGAUGCUAGUCACCCUCAGGGAUUAAAGGGUUAAGAGACAGAAUUUUGCAAUUUCAAAAUGGAUGUAAUAAAGUACUGAUUGAGCUUUGAGUUAGUUGCACAAUUUUUUAAUCUGAAAUCAUGCUUGUGAUUUUGAAAUCACAUGUAUGAUUUCAGACAAAAUUACUCUCCACUCAGUUCAAUCACCAUUAUUAACCAUGAUGGCAGACUUUUUCACUGUUUCUCUCAUGAUAAUGUUAAAAUAUAAUAGUCACUAAUUCAUUAUUUUCAUCUACCUUGCUCAGCUCCAGAGUUGCCUGUUUACGAAAGAAGAAAUUGGCUCAUUCAUCUACAUUACAUCAGAAAGGAAUUUGAAGCCUGCAAGGUGGGAAACAUUCUUUCAUGAGUUGUACAUUUUGAUUAAUUUGAACUAAAAGAAAAUUCAUUUUUUGUUUCAAGUCUCAUUCUGUUUUGUUGUAGGCUCUGAUAAAAGAACAGCUUGCUGAAACUCAAGGAAUGUGUGAAUAUGCUUUGUAUGUGAAAGGUAAUACUCAUGUUUUUUUGACACAGAUUAAAUUAUCUGAGUAAACUCCUGCCAACAAGCCAUAUAUUUGGGAGUCUAUUUUUUCACUUAAUUUGCUUUUAGCAAGAUUGUACAUGUAACUGUCAAAUGGUGUUUUGUAUCACUAGUACACAGAGAGUUAAUUGCAUAAUCAGUGUGAUUCUUUAACCUUUAACAGCCUAACAUAAGUAUCCAUACUCUUCAUACCUUUCUCUAUAAAUUUCUUUUUGUACAGUCGAACCUCAAUUAUCCGGACUUUUCGAUUAUCCGGACUUUUUCUCUGGUCCUGUUUUUUUCAUGAAUAUUAAUGACCUUAGAUGUUAAAAACUUUAGGAGGUAAAGAAAUUCAGAAAUGUUGUUAAAAGUCAGGAAAAUUGCAUUUAAAACAGCGCAUUACACGCUCUGCUUUUGAAAGAUCAAGCGCUCGGAGACAAUAAGAGACAAGAAGCAUUCUAAUGCGUUCAGCUGAAUUUUGAUUGGUUCAGUAUUGUUUUGUUGCUAUGGGAAUGUCAUGCUUGAUCAGUUCGAUGAGCGUGGGUUAUGUAAACACACGAGAUGAUCAUAACUCAAAACGAAAACAUGUCUACAAAGCGAAAGCAAUCUGUUGAAGCAAACUUUUAGAAUUAAAAAUGUGUUGUCUUUAUUUCUUUUGUUUACAUUGUCUCAUUAAUAUUCAUAUUUUUGAUUAUCUGGACUCUCGAUUAUCCGGACUAUUUACCCUAGUCCCACCGAGUCCGGAUAAUUGAGGUUCGACUGUACUGACAAGGAGAAUUUGUUUAAAAAUCAGACAUUCAUGGGAUGGAGAUCAUCUCUGUUAUUCUCGUGAUCUCAAUGAAUGAUUCAGCAGCAUUACUGCAAGGAGAAACUAGCUGCUGGUUUAAGUGUUUUCUUGUAUUUCUUAUCACACUUAAUCUGCCUUUUUCCUGUAUCAGUCAGUUUUUUAGAGCUUUCAGUUAUUUAAUGUUGUGAUUGUGAGUCAGCUAUAUGAUCAUUUGCUUGCUGAAUUUGAGUUAACUUUAGCCUAACCCACGAUAUUAAACACUACGUUGAGAUAAAAUUUUAAAUUAACAUCAUUCUUUAGGCAUCUGAUAUCCAUGUGGUAGGCUAGCUAAAGGUAGCUAAAAUUUCAACAUUGACUAGGUAACAUGUAGUCUGAUCGCCAUAAAAUAGGAUUAAGUGAUAAAAAUCAUGGGAAUUUAGCAUUGGACAUUCUACAAGGUGCCUCUUUUUAUCCAGUGUUUCUAGGUCAAAUUUAAAUUUAAUUUUAAGGUUGUGCACCAAGUUAAAAUGGAAAUUUAUGGGACAAAUGAUGUAAAGUUGAACAGGAUUCCCUUUUUUCCAUUGGCUGAUUCAAGGUUAUGAAUAUGAUACAGUGUAAAAAAUGCUGCUCAGACUGUCAGAAUCUCAUUUACUGAACUUGAUAUUUUUAUAAACUUAAGAGGAAAGACAUAAUGGGAGAAUCUUGUGCCGUGGACAAAUUUUUUGCCUCUUUUUCAGCAUUAAUUCUUCGUCAAGAGGGUCAAAUCCAGGAAUCAUUGGAUCUCUUUCAGAGGACUGUUCAAAUCAAUCCUCAGAGUGCUGACAACCUCAAACAAGUUGCAAGAUCUCUGUGAGAGUUUAUUUUUUACUUGGCUGAAGAGUAGAUCAGCUUCAUUACUGCAUGUGUUACCUUUGUAGAAAGAUCUGCUUAGCAUAGCUACUUUUACAGAUGUCACCACUGUAGCAAACACACUGGCAAAUUUCAAAACAGUUACAUGAACAAUACAAUUUAUUCAUAACCAGUAGUUUCUGAAACAUGAUUAAAUUAAAUUACACUACAGCCAACUACCAACAACAAUAAUUAAAAUCACAAAGCAAAACACCAAACAACAAAAGACAAUGCAAAACGUACCUGACGGUUUGGAUAGAAGGGGUACACGAGAUGCAGCUAAGAAACGAUCUUAACACGACAAACUGUGUAACAUUACUGUUCUUUUUGCGUGAAAAUUUCAAUAUGUGUCUACGGACAUGAGGGGACUGAAGCCUAAUUUGUAGAUAAACCACUGGCCCUUAAAUUUGUUGUAAAAAAGAUGUUUUGGUAAUUUCAAUUUUUUUCAGUUUUCUUCUUGCUCGCCACAAGGCUGCUCUUGAAGUGUUCAAUGAAGCUGCAAAACUUAGCACCAAGGACUGGGUAGGCUGAGAAACUUUUUUCUUGUGACCCAAUUUUUUAAUAGAGAGAUAAAAAUCUUGGCAAGAGAAAACUUAAAGUAAUUUUUAAAAUUUCUCUUACAUACAGGAAAUUUAUCAUAACCAAGGUGAGUCCAAGUCCACUAGUAAACUCCUGUUCAGGUAUUUUUUUCAUUAGAGCCACUAUACUUUCUGUUCUGUCCACCAAACGACCAAAGAUACCAACACAGAAGAUGAACAGUAUUUAAUUUAAAAUAUAAAGAAACUAUGAUGGCACUCAGCCUUACAAGUGUUCAAAACAAACUGAAAACUUACCAGUACUUCUUGACUGCCUUAUUAUUGACGUACAUUUUGGCAAAUAACUGGUUAGUAAUUACAAUAACUGGUUAGCAUGGUUGUUUCUGCACAACUGAAACUUUUAACUAUGUUAUGAGACUUUAAAUUAUACAUUUUAUGUGACAAGCAUUCCAAUAACUAUUGCGUUAUCUAAAUUCAAACAGAGUGUGCCUGUACAACAUUCAGUAACCAGUGCAUGCAUUACACCAAUCAAUUUCAUGUAAUUAGAAUGAGCUGAAUGUUCAGGGAAACACUUUCCCACUUUCAGGUGUUUGCUAUGUCUACAUGAAAGAUUUUGAAAAGGUUAGUUCAAAUAAAAUAGUAUUUUAUUGGCAAAAUAUUUACAAUUAGAAUUUGAUUAUGACUGAAAUCAUAUCUACUCAUAGAAAAAGCCAAAAAACAAUUAAUUCUUUUUUUUUUUUUUAAUUCAGUUUCCAUGCAUCGUGUAGUUAACAGCUUAUCACAAUGUAUAUCAUGGAUAUUGUGAAUGUAAUCCUAGGCAAAAGAUUGUCUGACGCAUGCCUUGCAGUAUCACCGUCAUGAUGCAUCUUUCAUACAGCUAGGAAAAGUUUUACUCUUAGAGGGAGAAACAGAAUCUGCCAUUGAUAUUUUCAAGAAAGCAAUAGAGUGAGUACUUCUUAACAAAGAGUAACUCUUUUCUCACAAGAUCUCAUUAGUAAUAGUACUGACUACCAAACAUUCUUAGGAUUUGCUAUCUCUUAGAAUUUGGAAUUGAUCAAGUGAUAAUCCCCUUGUUUAUAUUUUCUUUUACUGUCAUCGCUUGUAUGCUUGACAUUGCAUUGAUGUUGUAUUGAAAUUGUUCAGUAACAUCCACAGUCUUGUCAAUAGACCUCUGGUUUGCUCCCAGUGUUUUCAUUUUUAUUUUUAACAUAUUUGUGAUGAAUCAUUUAACCCUUUACUCCCCUAGUUAGUAAGUAAGUAAAGACUAUUUAAAGAGGGUAGCACUAAAAUAGUAUAAGAAUACUAAAACACCAGUGGCCCUCUAAAAUUAUGUACAAUACGGAUGUUAAAAACUAUGGCAGAACAAUGAGAUAAUAUAACGAAUAAAAAUACAAGAGAUAAGAGAUAAAAUCAAUUAAAAGUACAAAAGUAUAACUAAAUCACAGAAUAAAACUAUUUAAAAGCUGCUGUUCUUCAAAAAUUUUUUUCCAAAGAGAGUUCCUAAAAGAAUUAAGUGACACUAUUUUCCACAUAGAUAGCGGUAAGCUGUUUACAGGCUUGACAGGCAGUCACAGUAAAUGUUCUUCCCCCUUCAGUUAUACGUUUGAUAACUGGGCGAGCAAUAUUGAAAUUGACAUACCUAGUCUGCCGUGAAUGAGUGUCGCUAGUAAGCUUAAGUAAACUUUUAAAAUAGGUUGGUAGAUGCCCUAAGACUGUCUGAGGCUAGCCCUACUUUCUCCUUACAGGAUCACCCUCAAAUUAAAUCUAAGGGUCAUGAGAAUAAAGGAAGAGAUCACCAAUUUAAGAAGCUCUUGAUUGCUAAACAAAUUCUCCUUGUCAGCACCUCAGGAGUUCAUAGAGCACUGUAGGGAUAAUGUGUAUACUGAUGUUGAGGUGUCAGCAGUUGAAAUAGUUUGUUUCCUUGAUUUGCUUUGCUGCUGUGACUGUAGUAAAUUCUCUUGUUUAUUCUUUUUCUCAGAUUCUCACCUGAAAAUCCAGAUCUCAUGACAACACUUGGACUGCUCUACCUAGAGGUAAAAUGACCCCUUAACUCCCAAGAUCUGAUUGUUAAUUCUCUCCUCUAGCUGCUACAAAUUUCCUUGUAAAUUAGUUACAAGAUUUUGAUGUUAGAUCAAGAUGAAAACUUUUACCCUACAAGUAUGAGUAUUCUUAUUACUUGUUCGCUGGAUAAUAUAUGCUGUAGGGAAAAGUUACAAUUUAAUCACCACUGAGAGCUUAAGGGUUCAGCAAAAAUUUCUUGUGUAAAAUCAGUGGACCUUUUUUGAAGGUUAAAUCAAUUAUCCUUCUUUUUCCUUGUUGCGUAAAGCGCAUCCACAUUUCUCUUCUAUCACACUUUAUCUUGCAGCUUGGUCAGACGUCAAAAGCUUUUGAGCAUCUUGGCAAUGCAUUAACGUAUGAUCCAAGCAAUGUAAAGGUGAGAUUUUGGCACUCUCUUCCUUCCUUAUGUACCAUGUACGUGGAAUUAAUUUUUUUCUAUUGGCACAAUCCUUUAAAUUAAAUAUACCACAAGAAUCAACGAUAGCAAAAUGUUAUAUGUGUGCGUUUUAAUGGAGAAGGUAACAUAGUAAGUUAGUAUUAUUAACGAUCGAGUUGAUAACGUAAGUCGGCCACCGUAGAGUUUCAAAGCUGACGUUUCGAGCGUUAGCCCUUUGUUAGAGCAAAUUUCGCCCUUUCGUACUUUGUCCUUCGCUCCAAUGAAAGGCUAACGCUCGAAAAGUCAUCUUUGAAACUCUUUACGGUGGUUUAUAUACGUUAUCGACUCGCUGGUUAUACUUAAUUACCCUGUUACACUCUCCCACCGACGCAGCAUACAGUUUCUUUAGAAACUAACCCCUUUAUUCAUUUGUAAUGGACAAGUUUUAACUCAUGUGGUUUCUAAUGCACACUUCUCCUGUAAUUAUUUAACUGUGCUUUCGUGUUUUAUUGCCAGGCUAUCUUGGCAGCUGGUUCUAUGAUUCAGUCACACGGUGACUAUGAUGUGGCACUGACCAAAUACAGAAUAGCAGCCGCAGCUACGCCUGAAUCACCUCACUUGUGGAACAACAUCGGCAUGUGCUUCUUUGGAAAAAAGAAAUAUGUCGCAGUAAGUUGAUUAACAAGCAAAUUUUAUAGUUUAGGCGUCUAAUCGACCAGAAUUGGGUUUGAAGAUUUUCAAAGCGUAUUAAAUAUUUGUAAGAGUUUCCUGAACAUAUGACAUAUUCGUUUUUGUUUUGUUUUGUCUUUUUGGUUACGUUGAUGCUAGCAAAUUUUCAAUAUUGAGUACCCGAAGUAACAUGGGUUUGCUUUGUUUGUUUUUUUUUGUUUUGCUCCGUGAUUGGUCCUGAAAAGGCGAGCUUUCUUUCCAAUUAAUAAGAUUUAAGUCUAAAACCGAAGGCGACCUGGUUGAUCGGGUUUUUCAGCGCUACAGGAAGUCUGCUUGUUUGCUCUCUGAAUUCCAACUAGUUCAUUGCGAUAAUUUCCCUUCUUCUGGCUGGUUGUUGUAAACAAUUUGGUAUUAGUUUUAUGAAAGUCAAUCGAAAUGCGCUCAGUGUCAUUCAAUAGUAAGUAAUAGGUUUGGAGGAUUUGCAGUUGAGCGAUCAUACUUCACUGUACUACGCAAAUGGUCGCACACACUUGCCACACUCCUACCCAAUCAGAUGCAAGGCUAGUACCGGUCACAACUUGGUUGCUUGUCUUUUUCCCGCCUUUUUACCCCCAAUUCCCCCGGUUCCCUUGAUGUUGGCUGUUGUUCAAAUUAAGUGCGGUGAUUAAUUGGUUUAGCUUUCGACAUUCAAUCGAAAAGCUCUCAAAGAUACGAAGAAAUAUUUAAAACUGCUACUUCCAGGCCUCUUACUCAUCUUGGUUUCCUCAGGCCAUCAGCUGUCUCAAAAGAGCUACAUACAUGGCACCGUUUGAUUGGAAAAUCCUUUAUAACUUGGGAAUCAUUCACCUUACAAUGCAACAGUAUCCUUUACACUUCACUGACAAGAUCGCUAAACGAGGAAGUAUUCGCUUACUCUCCUAAAGGGUUUGCUUAAAUCAUUGUGAUCGACAGUUCUUUGCAGUUCCGAUUUAUUUCAUUUAAUUCUUCCAUUUUAACUCUUUCACUCUCAAAAUCUCAUAAUUAAUUCUCCUUACUGUCUGCGAUACAUUUUUUAUGAUAUUAGUUCAGAGAAUGUGGUAUGGGAUGUUCUAAUAAUACCGUAAUUGGCAUUUUUAUUUAUUUACAUAAUUUGUUUGCUUUAGAUUGUAUGGAUAUUGUGAGGAGAAAUUAUGUCUUGGUCACUCAUGGGAGUAAGCGGUAACUUUUCGCAGUUGCCGCGGGCUGGAAUUUUGCGCGCGGAUUCUUUUGCGUCGACGAAGUAAUCACUAACGCAAGCGUACUAGAGUUAUUUCCUUAAUGUCCAUCAGAUACGCGUCUGCCUUUCACUUCCUUAGUGCAGCAAUUACCCUCAAACCGAAGCACGGUCACCUCUUUAUGUUACUUGCAAGUGAGUGUCGCUGUUCUUAUCACACGUGAGUUUCAUAAAACUUUCUGUUCUAUUUGUUUGAUAUGUUUAUCAAUGUUGUCCGUCAUAUGUAUCUUAUUUCAGUUGCCCUGACACACCUGGAGGAUCACGAGAAUGCUAGACAUGCAUACGAACAGGCAGCAAACUUAGACAAGUGAGAAUAUCAAUAGAAUUAUACUCAAAUUUUACAAAAAAUAUCAAUAACAAGCUGUGUUUCCUCCAUUCGGCCCAGGUUACUGAUCGAAAUCAGAAGAAAAGGUUAAGUCUCUACUGCAGCCAAGGAGCCCACCCAGCCGUAGAUUAUCCCGGUUUCUUUAGCUUGAAUUGACAAGGAGUAUCACUACCCCCCUCUGGAUGGGAUGACGAAAAAAUUCGUAAACAGCUAGCUUGAGUAACAAAGAACUAAUUCUAUUAGUUGGUACAGCGGGAUUCACUUGCGUAUACGUUUAUCGAUGAAGAAUGAUAAUUGGUUUUUAAUUUUGGUGACACUUGAUGAUAAUCCUUUGACUGUUGAAUUUUUUUAUUUUUAUUUCAGCUCCGAUCCUUCUAUAAACUUGAACUUCUCGAUUUUCCUGUAUAAUACAGGCGAGAAGAAAGACGCUGCGAAACAGUUUAACAUUUACGAGAGAAAAAUGGAAUCCUAUCGAUUAGCCAAAGGUGUCGAGAUUGACGCAGAGGUGAAUUUGCCAUCUCAUAUCGUUUAACCCGUUUGUAUUCUCCAUACUGUUCUCUAUACAUUUCCCAAGGUGUUGCCAAGGAGAAAUUGUUUAACAAUCAAAAGCCACUAUAAAAAGAUAUUAUUACAGUCGCAGCACGUCCUAGCAAUUCUGCCCUCUCUAUGGAAAUAGACUGCUUUUUUUCGUCAUAGCUUUCCUACUUUGUAUUUACUUGAUUUUCAAUUUCUUCAUGCUUGCUGUUACAUUCUUUCCUUUAUUGUAACCAACAGCUUGUGGACGUAGCCAAUAAGCUCGGUCCAGCUUUACAAGUCGGAGAGAACCUAGUCUGGGAAGGAAGUGACGCUGGCCAGUCAUCACGGGCGGGUUCCAGAGAUCCCUCAGCGCCAGAGUCAGUGGCGAGCAGUAGCUCGUCUUUUCAAGAGGAUGGCUCUUUUGUGUGAACUUUUUAACGAUACAACAUGGUGUAAUGCUCGUUGCAGAGUUCCCCAAUAUCCCAUUUUGGUGCUUGCUGAACUGAAACUUUGUAGAAUAAACUGUGUUAAUUGCAUGUGAAUAAUACUUUUUACAGCAGUUACUAUGAUCUACCGACUAUGCGUUUUAGUAGAUUUUGAUCUUUAAGCGUGGGUAUGUAUUUUCCCGCAUUUUCUGCGUUCAAACCCCGACACCUUCAAAGAUCUUUUUCAGGAGGGUACACUUGCUGCUUUUUCUGCCUUUUUCGUACCACUGCCUGUGGUCGUAAUCCAGGGUAAGGCUUAUGACGACACGAGAUUUACACUCUGCAAGGGACUCUUUGUCCAAAAUACACUUUUACGUUUGCUGAGACCGUUACAGUAGAACCGACCAACUUCAAGUAAAGUUCACUCUGCCUGAGAACAAAAUUCAUCCAAUUUCAAAUUCAAAAGAUUG